AUUAAGGUGGCCGGAAAAGCGCAAUUAGCUAAAUUGGGACUAUUAAUAUCCAUAUAUAUCCAGAAAAGACGAAAGUGAGAAUGAUUUACUCAUCAUACAAAAAUGACUUUGAAAUUACCUAGAAGUGUUACUCCAAUUAAUUACAAUGUGGAAUUCAAUAUUGACUUGGACAGUUCAACUUUUACUGGUUCAGAAAUAAUUAAAAUAUCAGUAUUAGAAGAAGCCGAUUUUAUAACACUUAACAGUGCUGAUUUAGAUAUCCAAGAAGCGACUUUUAAUGGUGAACAUGUUAAUCCCGAAUAUGAAGAUCAUUCCAUAAAAUUUAAAACUAAAAUCUAUCCUACAGCAAAUGAAUCUGAUUUGUUUAUCAAAUUUCGAGGCAAAUUGAACAACCACAUGAAAGGUUUAUAUCUGUCAAGCUAUACUGAUGAUAACGAUGAAAUCCAACUUCUUGCAGCUACACAAUUUGAGCCUAUUGCUUGUAGGUCUGCAUUUCCAUGUUUUGACCAACCAGAUAUGAAGGCUACAUUUGAUAUUACUCUUACAAUUAAGGACAAAUAUACUGCUUUAUCAAACAUGGACAUUAAGAAAGUUAUUAAUAAAGAUGGUGGUUAUAAAACCGUAAUAUUCAAUACCACCCCACUUAUGUCAACUUACCUAGUUGCCUUUGUUGUUUGCGAGUUAGAAUUUCUUGAAAGCAAAGAGCUGGGCAUUCCCCUUAAAGUUUGGACAACUCCAAAUCAAAAGUCAAGAGCAGAAUUCGCUCUAGAAGUUGCAGAGAAAGCAUUGUCAUUCUAUGAAGAUAUAUUUAAGAUAAAAUAUCCUCUUCCUAAACUAGAUUUAAUUUCAAUUCCUGAUUUUUCGAAGCUGGCAAUGGAAAAUUUUGGAUUAAUUACAUUUAAGGAAGAUUGUUUACUAGCUGACAUAGAAUAUGCAUCGAGUUACUUGAAAAACGAAAUUGCUGAGUCGAUAUUUCAUGAAGUCUCACACCAAUGGUUUGGAAAUUUAGUAACGAUUGAAUUUUGGGAUGGUUUAUGGCUCAAGGAGGGAUUUGCCACAUGGAUGUCCUAUUACGCGAUUGAUAAGUUCUAUCCGGAAUGGAAGCCAUGGGAAUCUUAUAACACAUAUAAUCUACAAACUGCAUUACAAAAAGAUGCCUUACGCUCAUCUCAUUCAGUUAAUAUUCCAUUAAAUACUGUUUAUGACAUUGAACAAGGAUUUGAUUCAAUAAGUUAUGAAAAGGGUUGCUCAUUACUUGUCAUGCUUGCAGAUUGGAUUGGCCAGGAGUCAUUUCUUGAUGGUAUAUCGAAGUAUUUAUUUAAACAUAGUUGGAAGAACACCACCAAUGAUGACUUGUGGAAUGCAUUAGAAGCUGCGAGCGGGAAAGAUAUCAAAUCGACAAUGGAUGUAUGGGUUAAUAGUACAGGAUUUCCUGUCAUUUCUGUCGAAGAGAACCCUUCUUCAAAUGAAGUUAUUGUUUCCCAGAGAAGAUUUCUUUCAACUAAUGAUUGCAAGCCUGAAGAAGAAGAAGUUAUAUUCCCUGUUUUCUUGAACAUUAAAACAUCCAAGGAAGUAGACAAACUGAUCUUACUCAAGGAUAAAUCAAAAACUAUUGCAUUGAAUACCGAUGAUGACUUUUUCAAGUUGAAUGCUAACCAAGUAGGUUUCUACAGAACAGCAUAUUCCGAAGACCGCUGGGCAAAAUUAGGUGUUGCUGGAAAGCUUGGCAAGCUUUCUGUUAGGGAUCGUAUGGGGUUAUUAGCCGAUUGUUCAGUAUUAAGUUCUUCAGGAUAUAUACUGACAGUUUGUUACUUUAAUUUAGUAAAAGAAUGGAAUAAUGAAAAGGAUGGAAAUGUAUGGGAUGAAAUUAUCAACGGUUUACUUGAUGUCUAUGAUGCUUUCAUUUUUGAUGAUGAUUUCAUGAAGGAACUAAACAAUUUCAUUGGAACUAUGAUUAGUCUGCAAGUUGAAUCUUGUUUCAAAGUUAAAGAAGAAGAUUCUUACGAAACAAAACAACUUAAGAAUCUAAUAUUUUCGACUGGAUAUACUGUUGGAAUACCAACAGUAGUGGAAUAUUGUCAGAGUAAAUUUAAAAGGUUUCUCGAAGUAGAAGAAGAACUUGAUCCAGAUCAACGUUUAGUUAUCUUCAAAUGUAUAGCUAAAUAUGGUGAAGAAAAAGAGUUUGAACAAUUACUUAACUUGUACCAUUCCUCAGAUAAUGAAGAGAUUGAAGAUGAUGCAUUGGCUAGUCUUGGCAGAUUUACAAGCCCUUCAAUAAUAGAGCGGGUGUUGAAACUAGUGUUAGAAUUAAAACAACAAGAUAUUGCUUAUACUUUGAAUAGUGUAAGGAAUCAUCCAACUGGAAUCCAAUUACUUUGGAAAUGGUUACAGACUGAAUGGGAUCAUAUAAUUGAAAAAGUAGGGUUUGGUUCAGAGGUACAUCUUGAAAUUAUUUCAACAUGUUUAUCAAGGUUAGCUACAAGUGAACAACUCCGAGAGGUAGAAACCUUUUUUGAUAGUAAAUCAGAUUUACUAGAGAAUACUAUCAAUCUGUUCAAAGAUAAAAUCUCUGUUAAAGUAAAUUGGAGCAAACGUGAUUAUCAAAAAGUAUAUCAAUGGUUGCAACAAAACAACAAUUCCGAAAUAAAUAAUGACCUUAAUUUAAAGCAGCUCAAUAUUAAAUAGACUUAAAUAUAUUGUCAAAAAGACUGUUGAAUGUCAUAAAUUAAAAUUAAAUAAAAGACAUUAGACUUUGUAUGUCUUCCUAGUAAGGAACUGUUUCCCUUAAAAAGGAACACAAACCAACAUUCGCAAUGUUAUACCUAAUCGGGAAGGAGCUGUCACCACUAAGGAGAGCGAUUUUGAAUUUCCUGAUCCAGCGAUUGCGCGGUAGAUUCGACGACUACUAAGGUUCACUACUAUGUCUAUAGUAGUAUUAGGGUAAUAAGGUACAAGGGUUCUACAAGAAAAGAUAUAAAUAUCC